ACCAAGGCGAAAAAAACUUGAGUCAGUUUCAACAAAACCCCACUGCACUGUGGAUGGUAGAGUGUCUACAGUGAGGUUAGCGUAGACGUAGUUCUGGUUAGUUGGAUCAGCUAUGGAGCGAUCGUCGGAAGACUCGCUUCUUCGAGACCUGGGAUUGGCUAGAGGUCAAAUAGCCUAUCUCGGUGUUUUCGCCGUCAGUGAGCACCGUCAGGCUGGUGAAGGUGGUGAUGCCGCUGUGUUUCGAGUAGAUUGGCAAGGAAUACCCGUAGCUGCCAAGGUCUUACAUCAUCUCCUCGUUGAGCCAGGUGUCCAGGGUAGACGCGAGAAACUAAAGCGGUUUGGUGAAGAAAUUUCCACCCUCUCCGGUUUGCACCACCCGAAUCUCUGCCAAAUAUUGGGUGUGGGUGUAACCGCUGAUCGCGGCUUGCCAGCUCUGGCAAUGGAGCUCCUGGAUUCGACUCUGCAGGAUUGUAGUGUUGGCGAUGGCCGGCUUGACGAUGCCACCCUGUUGGGUUUCCUGUCCGACGCAAUAGCCGGUGUCCGCUAUUUACACAGCAGAAACCCUCCUAUUAUUCAUCGCGACUUGACCUUGAAAAACAUUCUCAUCAAAGGCCAAACCGCCAAGGUCUGUGAUCUUGGCGUGGCACGCGCGAUGCAAAGGAGUUUUGCUCUUUUGCUGGAAAACCUGACCACUUGCCCCGGCACUAUCCUGUACAUGCCGCCGGAAGCCUUGAAAGAGCCUGCCGUAUAUGAUCGGUCUCUCGACAUAUUUUCCUUUGGUGUGCUGUCCCUGAGCGUUUUAGUCGGCGCUAAUCCCUCACGAGAUCUGCUCGGCGCACCUCGCUCACGGCUGGUUCAGCGCCCUGAUGGAACGAGCGAGGAACAAGAGAUUGCUGAAGUGGAACGUCGUCGUUCGGCCUUACAACAAGUGCGGAAUGGACAUCCACUCAAAGCGUCAAUUCAGCGUUGUCUCGCUAACCGCGCCAUUGAUCGCCCGACGGCUGCAGAGAUGCACACGCAAGUGAAGGAGGUGGCACGUCUCGCCAAAGAGUUGUCUUCGCCUCAUCUUUCCAACGUACCAUCAGCUGUUGUACGGCGACUGGACUCUAUCUCUGAGCAGCUAACACAGCAAGCUACAUCCAUCACUGCGCUCGCCACACGGAGUGAUGAGCUAGAGCAGCAGUAUACGCAGUUUACGACGGCCAUUACCAACAACCAGACCAUGACAAAACAACAACUGACAACAUUGAGCGGCCAAGUUUCCUCGAUCUCCCGCCACCUUUCAGUGAUGUCUGCCUCCACACAUCAAGCACAGGCCACAGGAGCUGCAAGCACAGCUGUUUCAUCCGUUGGUAGAGGAUAUCAUGUCUUACCUGCUAUGCCAACCCCAACACAGAUUGCAAACAUCAAGAAGCGCAGAAAGUGGAAAAAGUCAGAAGGACAGCAGCAUGGUAAACAUGCCAUGCUUGCCACCUACAGUGACAAACUGGUUGCUGUGUGGCAUGAUGAUGGGUACGUCACCAAGAUCCUGGAGACUUCAGACUUGCAGACAUGGCACAGUAUUGACCUACCAAGUGAAUACAGUAAGCUGGCUGGCCCAUCACUGGCAUCCCAUGGUGGUAUGCUGUACAUGCACUGUAACACAUACACCAAGAGCACCAACACAUGGGUGCGCUCUAUUCUGCAGUACUGCAACACACCAGAUAACG